ACGAUAUUCUUAUUCAAAGGAAUUUCACCUUUUACCAUGUCGUCAACUGAGGAACAGAAGCGGCAGGCGUCGCUGGACAAGCGCCGGCGCCGCAACCGGGAGGCGAUGCAGCGGGCCCGGCAGCGGGAUAAGGACCACAUGGAGUCGCUGCGUCUCGAGGCCCAGCGCCUGGAAGACACGCACCGGAAGCUGCUGAGUCAAGUGGACCAAUCAUUAUCACAAAUUUUCGUCUCAGAAUCUCGGAAUGAUCGCACUGCGGACCUCCAGAGACAGUUAGAGGACGCUCGAGAGCAAGCUAACAAGCUAAUGACACAAAACAGGGCCUUCCAGGUGCAGCUGCGAGACAGAGUUAAGGGGGAAGACCGAAUGGAAGGAUUACUUAAGGAAAUGGCCAGAGAUCAGCAGAUCCAGGAGCGCGUAUACAAACAAUUGUGUCAAGAAAACCCUGUCGAUGUUGGGAUCAAACCGAAAUUUACACUGGAAAGAGCAACAAAAGUAAUACUGACAUCGAGACAACAGAGGGCAUUGGUGGAUAGAGUGGGGUUUGCAGAUAUACAACGUGUCUAUUUGUUCGGAUGGACGACGUUGCAUCGCUUCCAGGACAAUAAUUUAUAUUAUUCGUUCAAGAAAACCUUUAAGAACCGAUCAGCAACGCAGAUGGCGGAUCGCAAUUGGGAGAAUGAGAUCAAAUUUGUGACGUACCGAAGUGCGUCGGAAGCUGCGACCCAACAGUUCCAUGUUGUACAGAAAUUUAAUGAUGAAACCUAUUUAAUCGCCCGAGAGAAGCAAGAUCCUGAUCAUGAAGGCAAAGUUGUGCGUCUAUUGUACCUACGUUUUCGUCUUCUGGAGGCGAAUGGCAGCUACGCUGUCGUGACGCAGAGUGUUCCACAGGAAGCUUCGUUUAGUACUGGGACGUUGGGGAAGAUAUGGGCCAACGAUGCGUGUAUGUGGAACCAUUUUAUUCCAGUUAUGGAUGAGAAAGGCGAGGAGCAUUGCGAGAUUCAUUUGACUGGGAGUUCGUCUGUUGGAGACCCACGGAGUGUGCGUACUAAUGUGCUUGAAACUGUGAUGGGGUUGUUACGCUGGGAAAACAUUAAUGUUGGCCCUACCCUGUCCCUGACUCAAGCAUUCCAACCAGAUCGGGAGGUAUGAGCAUUUCGUGCAACGGUACGGGGCCGAUGGUUCGUAGAUUCCGACCCAGUGAAUGAGAUAAAAUUGAGAUAUUUCAUAUCUCAGUAUUUUGAAAUAUCUGUGUAGAAU